CCUCCGGUUCGCGGACGCCGAGACCAGCCGCUGCUCCGCGGGACCCUCCGCCACGCGCAGCUUCCCGUAGCCGGCGCCCGGCAGCUCCUCGUCGGCCCGCCUCUGCCGCCCCGCCUGUCGGAGCGCCGCCGCCACCUGCGAGCGGAUGGAGCUGGACCAGAGGGCGGCCGGCGGCCUCCGCGCCUACCCCGCGCCCCGCGGCGGGCCGGUGGCCAAGCCCAGCGUGAUCCUGCAGAUCGGUAAGUGCCGGGCGGAGAUGCUGGAGCACGUGCGGAGGACCCACCGGCACCUGCUGACCGAGGUGUCCAAGCAGGUGGAGCGGGAGCUGAAGGGACUGCACCGCUCGGUGGGCAAGCUGGAGGGCAACCUGGAUGGGUACGUGCCCACGGGCGACUCGCAGCGCUGGAAGAAGUCCAUCAAGGCCUGCCUGUGCCGCUGCCAGGAGACCAUCGCCAACCUGGAGCGCUGGGUCAAGCGGGAGAUGCACGUGUGGCGGGAGGUCUUCUACCGGCUGGAGAGGUGGGCCGACCGCCUGGAGUCCAUGGGCGGCAAGUACCCGGUUGGCACCAACCCCUCCCGCCACACCGUCUCCGUAGGUGUCGGGGGUCCCGAGGGCUACAGCCACGAGGCCGACACCUACGACUACACGGUCAGCCCCUAUGCCAUCACCCCCCCGCCGGCCGCAGGCGAGCUGCCCGGACAGGAGGCGGUGGAGGCCCAGCAGUACCCACCCUGGGGGCUGGGAGAGGACGGGCAGCCAGGCCCCGGCGUGGACACGCAGAUCUUCGAGGACCCGCGGGAGUUCCUCAGCCACCUGGAGGAGUACCUGCGCCAGGUGGGCGGCUCCGAGGAGUACUGGCUGUCACAGAUCCAGAACCACAUGAAUGGGCCGGCCAAGAAGUGGUGGGAGUUCAAGCAGGGCUCCGUGAAGAACUGGGUGGAGUUCAAGAAGGAAUUCCUGCAGUACAGCGAGGGCACGCUGUCACGAGAGGCCAUCCAGCGUGAGCUGGACCUGCCGCAGAAGCAGGGAGAGCCACUGGACCAGUUCCUGUGGCGCAAGCGGGACCUGUACCAGACGCUGUACGUGGAUGCCGAGGAAGAGGAGAUCAUCCAGUACGUGGUGGGCACCCUGCAGCCCAAGCUCAAGCGCUUCCUGCGGCCCCCGCUGCCCAAGACCCUCGAGCAGCUCAUCCAGAAGGGCAUGGAGGUGCAGGACGGCCUGGAGCAGGCGGCCGAGCCCGCCAGCCCCCGCCUGCCCCCCGAGGAGGAGAGCGAGGCCCUCACGCCAGCGCUCACCAGCGAGUCUGUAGCCAGUGACCGGACCCAGCCCGAAUAGAGGGCGCCGGCCCCCCGCCUGCCCGCCGUGGCCUCUGCCCACCGGGACUUUUGAGCGGGCCGACCCCCGCAGGGGGAGCCCUCGUCCUCAUGCAGCUGGACACCCACCUCGGCCUCCUAGCCUGACUCUAACCGACACGUGUGACUCAGAUGUGGGCAGCGCCCCCCAGACGGCCAAGGGGCUCCCCGUCCCUGCAGGGCCCUGCCCCUCGCCCUCCCUCGGUCUGUCUUCCCCAGCACGGGCCGGCCUGGGCCAGCGACCCCGCCCUCCACACUCUCAGGCCAUGACAGCUUCCCCGUCCUGCUUGAUGUCCCGGCCCUCUGGGCACUCAGAAACCCAGUGUGCACAUGGCACGGGCCAGCAGGCACCAAGCUCAAGGGGCACCCCAGAGCGGAAGCUCUGGCGGAACCGGGGCCCCGGGAGCCUGGGCUUCUGGGGAGCCACCUCUCCUGGCAGUCGCCUCGUAGCCGACUGGCACCCCUGCCGCGGCCCAGGGCAGCUGGCCAGCCUCGGGCAGUGUGGCUCCCUCCCCCUGGAAGAGAGCCGAAGCCAAUAACGGCGGCGGCGGCAGUGGCAGCAACAGACCUGGCGCCCCUGUGCCUCCUGGCCCCUCAGCGCCACUGAUCAUGCCAGCCUGGGGAGGCACCGAGCCCCGCUCGCUCGAUGACUCACCCGUGGCAGGCGGAAGGUCCCACAGGGCCUGAGUCCUCAAACCCGGCUGAGGCAGCAGCCGGCCCUCGGAGCCAGGAGAGUGACAACAGGUAACGCAGGAGACCCCGUCCCUCGGCUGUCCGCACACGGGGCCCUCAAGCUCCUCCCCAGGUCCCAGGCCCCCCCUCCAGUCCUCUGGGUGAGCUGAGAAGCAGCCCUGGGAGAGCAGCCCCGUGACGUCCACCGCACGCCCUUCCUGUGCAGCCCCUCCCGGCCCUGGCCUGUUCCUGAGUCCCUGACCACCCGCUCUUCCUUCCUUUCAGGUCUCAAGGCUCCUGGGGAGCCUUUGCCGCUGUGCCUGGCAAUGCCUCCUCUCCUCUCCCCCUGCAAGCUGCCUGCAUGAGAGGAGAAGUCUGAGGCCGGCGAGAGGCUGGUGGUGAAGACGGGCCAGCGUGAGGGCCGGGGCCUGCUGCUAUGCCCGCCCCGCUGGCCAUCCACCCGCCCGCCCGCCCCCAGGGCCGCCGCCCCGGGCCUGCCCUCGUUCCAGCCCAGGCACCGCCGCCCACUGCGCGGCCAUCCCCUCCUGCCAGAGCUUUGCCACGAGGCCCGGGGCUGGGGCAAGAGCCGCUGCCCCUGCCUGGCGGCCCCAGGCCCAGCCCCGGGAGACCCGGCAGCCUUUGCUCCUGGGGCUCAUGUGGGCCCUCGACCAGGCCCUGCCGUUGCCCAGGCCUGGACCCCCGCCUCCCCCCGGGCACCGACACCCUGGUGCUGGCCGGCCCCUCGUGUCUGCAGCCCGAGUGGGCCUGGUUGGGGGGUCCCCUUUCUGCCUGUCCACUGGGGAGUCCCAGCUCCGGGGGAAUGACACUUACAGGUAACUCUGCCAGCUCCACCAGAUUUUAUUUUUGCACAUAAGCCAUAACCCAUACUCCCAGGCUGGCGCAGGCAGCAGGGAGGCCCCAGGGUCCUCGAGAGGGUGUGGCCAACUCCCCGUCCCCCCAACGGAUCAAGCCCUGAAUGUCAGGCCAGGCUGUGUGUACCCUUGCCACCUUACCUGAAGACAGACUCUUUUUGUAAGAUUUUGUUAAUAAAACACUGA